AAAGAAAACCUGAAGGAAAAAAAAAUCUCUCUCUCCCGCUCACAACAAGAUCAGCCAUGGCGGAGCCCGAUCAGAUCUCGAGGAAGAGGAUGCGAAUGUCGUCUUCCUUCGCUCAGAAUCCAACAAUAAGUAAAACGCAGAAUCAGAUCCAAAGCAACCGCUCCGGCCAAACUCUCUCCGCCGCAUCUCGCGCCGGAAAUCGACUUUCCGGCGAGAAACUCGAAAGAAAAGCACCGCCUCGGAUGUAUCCUCGUGUUACGAUCAAGGAUCUUCGUCUGAGACGCGUGUUCACUCCUGCUUCCAUCUCCAGUGACUGGGAAUUUAACGGGAAAGGGGAGACUCCAAACCAGGAACAAACCAAGGAAUCUCUCCACGAUUCCCGGAAUCUAAAAGUUGUACAAGAAGGAAUCAACAAAGCCAAUGUCGAUAGACCAGGAGAUUCCAUGGAAGAUCGCGAAGCAUCGGAAAUUAUGCAGACGACGCCACCAGAUUCCGAGCAAUUCAGCAGCGAAACUUUGUCGAGACAGGAGAUCUAUGGUUCUAAUGGAAAUGACGUUUCCGAGAAGAAAAGUGAGACCAAUCUCAGGACCAAAUCGGUUAUUCAUCCUUGUUCUCGAGCCAAGAUUUUCACCAACCCUGCCUCUUUCAGCUACCGAAGAUUGCUUCCAUACUUGAUGAAAGCUGCAGAUGACGCAACAUCAUCAGACCGAAGCUCAAAACCCGACAAAUCACAUGACCAGGCUCAUCCAUGUAUCAUCAGUUCACAGGGUAGGGUAGAAAACGGGAGAACUAGAAAUGUCAGUACUCACGAUCCGAAGGAGGAGGCAGACAAAUCGAUGACAGUCGACGGCAAAUGUGGCGAAGCUGAGCAUGUGUCGCAAUCGACAAACAACGUUUCCGAUAAACUGUCGGAUGGAAAUUCACGUGCUUGCUCUUUGAAGAAAACGACUGAAUCCAGUCCCAACAGAAAAUCUGUCUGCUCGAAGCUGAAGUUAUUUAUAGCUCCAGGUUCUGUGAAUUACAGAAGAUUGCUUCCGUACCUCAGGGAUAUUCCAGAGGUUACUCCUCAUACUGAGAAAAACGCCGAGGAAAACCAAGAAGCACAAGGAAUGGUUACACCAGACGCCCCUAUAGAACAGGACAGUAGCCAUGAUACAGGACCACAGCCUGUUGAACAUUUUUCUGGAUCUGCUGCAUUGUCUGGUCCUGACAACGAACAAGAAACCCAAGUCAAGCAUGUCAUCCCAGAUACCGAAAAACAUUUAGACAGUACAUUCAAGGUUUCGGGCUCUGAGACCCUGGCAUCCACUCUUCCGGAUUCAGGUUGUUCAAGUGACGUCGAGACAUUAGCGGAGGCAAAAAACUCAGACACAGAAACGAGGAACGGAGCAGGAAAGCUGAAAGACGAAAAGAAUGCAGAAAAACCAGAAGUAAACGGCUUGAAUCCAAAGGAAUCAACUCUUCAGGCCACCUUUGUUUCUUCUGGAACCCCUCCCUCGGCUUCUCCAUCAAAAGGGGUUCUGAAAAGGAAUUUACGAGGAUGCAGAGGGUUAUGCACUUGCUUGAACUGCUCUUCCUUCCGUCUACAUGCUGAAAGGGCAUUCGAGUUCUCCAGGAACCAGUUGCAAGAUACUGAAGAGAUGGUUCUGGACCUAGUUGGCGAAAUAUCCCGUCUCAGAGACAUGUUGGAGAAACAUGCAUCAGCCAAUGCCGAUGACGCUGAAUCAUGCACCAUUCAGGUCCAAGAAGCUUGUAGGAGAGCUUCCGAGGCUGAAGAGGCAGCGAAAAGCCGCCUCCACCAGAUGAACGAUGAUCUUCAAGUUCACUGCAGAAUUCCUACAGAAGGACAGGCAAGGGUUAGGUUUGCUCAUUCCAAUCAAGAAAGGGACACAGAAGGACACUAGAGACAACAUCAUCGGCAUAUGAAGCUGUUCCUUUCUUUAUCAUCCUUCGUGGACUGUUGAUGUUAUGCGUAUUUCAUGUGAUCAUGUUUACAUCAAUCUUCACAAUAGCUUCUUGUUUGUAAAAACUAGAAACCAAAUUAAGACAUGGAACAAGAAGCAUCAUAUGGAUUCUGUUA